CUGUCCUCAAUACACGGAUUUCGUCACAAGGAUGAUUUUCUAGCCAAUUACGCACAAUGUGGAAAAUUUCAUACUUCUGCAGGGGGAAGACUCGGAACUUGUUGGGAUUACGCUCAGGAGGGAUGCGUCCUGUGCGCACACCUGGAGCCGCAGGAGACAUGCAGCAGAGGCGACACAUUUCUGCCUGUUCUCACUCUGGUUUAUGAUACCGAGCCGCCGUGAAACCGGACUUUUAUUCCUGUGAUGGGGAGAACCACAUGGAGCUGCGGUGCCCUGAUCCUUCUGGCCAUCAUUAGCUCAUGUCGUGCCGUCACUCUGGAGUCCAUCCACUGGAGCAGCUCCAACACAAAGUUUAGUCCAGGUCAGGGUCUGGUCCUGUAUCCUCAGAUUGGGGACAAGAUGGACAUUGUGUGUCCCCGCGCAGAUGCUACCUCUGGGGCAAAGGAGGAGUUCCAUCGAGUGUACCUGGUCUCUAAAAGUCAGAUGGAGACCUGCACCAUCCUCAAGACUGACACGCCUCUGCUCAACUGUGACAAACCUCACCGCGAUGUCAAGUUCACCUUCAAGUUCCAGGAGUUCAGCCCCAACCUGUGGGGUCUGGAGUUCCUCAAGGGGAGGGACUAUUACAUCACCUCCACAUCUACAGGUACUCAGCAAGGUCUGGACAACACCAACGGAGGGAUGUGCAAAACCAAAUCCAUGAAGCUGGUUCUGAGAGUGGGCCAGAGCUCUUCAGAUCCACCUACGACCCUCCAGGAGUCCCCCACCAGGUUCCCACCCACAAAGACCAAGGCCAAGGCCAAAGACCCGUCAGGGAAAGAAGAGGAUACAGAAAGCAAAACUGAUUUAGAAAAAGGACAAACAAACCCACGUGGUGGUGGUGGUGGUGGUAUCCCUGAGCCAGGACUUCUCAUGUGGGUUGUCUGCGGCGGUCUGAUCCUGUUCCUGGUCAUCAUAGUUGUGGUGGUGGUUGUGUGGAGGUACCGCCGCCGCCAGAAUGUCCCCGUCUCUCAACAGUCGGCCGCGGUUUCUCUCAACACUCUGGCCGUGCCAAAGCGGGACAGCAUCAGCAGCGACAACAACGGCUCAGACCGCAGCGACGUGGUCUUUCCUAUGAGGGCUUCUGACAGUAUGAUCUGUCGUCAUUAUGAGCGCGUGAGCAGCGACUAUGGGCCUCCUGUGUACAUAGUCCAGGAGAUAACGCCCCAGAGUCCCACCAACAUCUACUACAAAGUCUGAUGUGUGCUGCUCUGAUGACAGACUCGUGCUGAGGAUGCUGAGGAACACACUCAGGCGUCAGUUAAUGACACUGUUUGUCUUUUAGGUGGGUUUUAAGAGAAGACAAAAAUAAGUCUGAUCUGUGAGUCACGCUGCAGCAUGAGGACGAAAUGCUGUUUACACAUUUGGUUUUAGUCAGAGAGGAAACUGAUGUUCACUUUUACUCCAGAACUGCACUUAUGUUGAAUUUUGAGACACCUGUACGUUACUUUUCUCAUUUCUCAUGAUGAUGCUUUUUACUUUGCUACAUGAAGCUGAUGAUCAAUGUUACUUGGGACUCAACAAAGUCAAAGGGCACUUUUAGAGCGCUAGUCCUCUAUGCAAAUCUGCAAGCUGGAUACAUUCCCAAACCAGUACACGUAUGCAUUAAUAUGUCAGCUGUUUAUCUUUCUAUGCAUACUUCUUAACAGGAAAUGUUGUUAACUCUGAAAACCAGACGACUACCAAUGUUACCUGCUUUGAUUGAGAAACAUGGACGCUUGUUAUUCAUGAAAGAAACAAAAAUCCUGCAGGACGACAUUCAGUGGAUUCUUUCUUGGCCCACGUCAAACCUUUCAGUCAUGAUAAUCAGCUCCCAGACAAACAGCACCUUUUAUAAAAAGUCAUUUAAUUGAUUUAUAUUAACAGAAAAGAAACGUUUUGUAAGAUUUCUGAACACCUAGUAGUUUAUAAAAUACAACUUUAAACAAAAUGCUGAUUAGUCGGUUUAUAAGUUUGGUUGAUCAGUCAAUCAGUCUUAGAAAAACUGAUUAAAUCCCCCAAAAAUUGUGCUAUCAUUCAUGAAUGGAAAAAGACAUGAGAGCUAUCAAGCUCAGCUCUGGGUUAUUUUAAAUAAACUCAUUCAUUUAUCUUACAACCGGUCAGUUAAAGGUACAGUGUGCAGCAUUUAGCAGCAUUUAGCAGAACAGACUUGGUGGAAAUGGGAUAUAAUAUUCAAAAGUAUGAUUAAAUUAGUGUUUACUCACCUGAAUAUAUAAAUAGUUUGUUUUUGUUAACUAAUAAUGAGCAUUUUAUGUCAACAUAAGGACAGAGGCCACCAUGUUUCUACAGCAGCACAGGACGGACCAACUAGUAACAUACGUGCACUUUAUAAUUUGUGUUUACAGACGUUACUGAUGGUAAAAACUUGACAAAUGUAGGAUCAUACUUAUCAUGCAUCAAAGGAGUGAGCAGGGGAGUGUUUCAAUCUAGAAUCUGAGCGCUUGAUAUCGCUGAAUAAUCACAUUUCUACACACUGUACCUUUAAUGUUUGUUUAAAGUACAAAAAGCAGAUUUAAUCAUGAUAAAAAAAACAUCGAAUUAACUGAAAAUAUUUUUG